GCGAUCGUCUUGCUGUGGGGCUUCGUCAUCUGGGGGCUCGUUAAGCCCCGAUACAUGUCCAACCAGGUCACCGAGUGGAAGACCUGGAUCACCUACAACUUCACCUGGUUCUACAUCGGCGCCUUCAACGCGUGGAUUAUCUUCCUCCUGUACGUCGCCUUCUCCAAGUACGGCAAGAUCAAGCUCGGCAGAGCCGACGAGAAGCCCGAGUUUAACAACAUCUCGUGGUUCUCCAUGCUCUUCUCAUGCGGCAUCGCCGUCGGCGUGUACACCCUCGGCGUCGCGGAGCCGAUGUAUUACUACCGUGGUUCCCACAACCUCCAGGGUCGUGGCGACACCCCGACCGACGACGAGCGCGCGCAGCAGGCUCUCCUCCAGACCUUUUACCACUGGGGUCUCCACGCGUGGGGUCCCUACAUCACCGUCGCGCUCGGCCUCGGCAUCGUGUGCUACAGGUGGAACAUGCCCCUCACCAUGAGGUCCGCGUUCUACCCGCUCAUCGGCAACCUCAUCUACUCCCCCGUCGGUGACAUCAUCGACGCCGUGUCCAUCGCGUGCACCACCUUUGGCGUGUGCACGUCCCUCGGCCUCGGAGUCGACCAGAUUGUCGCCUACUACGCCGCCCUCCAGAACAAGACGUACACCGCGCUCGAGCGAAUCGACGCGCAGACGGCCACGAUCAUCGUGAUGACCCUCGUGGCGAACAUUUCCGUCGUGCUCGGCCUUCACAAGGGCAUCCAGGUGCUCUCCACGAUCACCUUCUCGCUCGGCCUCUUCGUCUUGAUCGCAACGCUGUUACUGGACAACACCUGGUUCCUGCUCAACUCUGUCGUGCAGUCCACCGGCCACUACCUCCAGCACGUGGUGCAGAUUGGCUUCCGCACCGACUCGACCACGUUUGAUGCCGGUCCUGAAUGGAUGAUGAAUUCGUGGACCAUCUUCUACUGGGGCUGGUGGGUCUCCUGGGCCCCCUUCGUCGGCAUGUUCAUCGCGCGCAUCUCCCGCGGUCGCACCAUCCGCCAGAUUGUGGUUGGAGCUCUCGUGGCCCCCACCCUCUUCUCCUUCCUCUGGCUCGGUGUCUGGGGUUCCCUCGGCAUCAAGAUGCAGCGCGUCGCGGAGCUUGUCCUUGGCGAUGGUACACCCAACACCGACGGCAGCAGCAGCUGCUCGACCUGGGGCUACGCUGGCGGGGCGCCCACUUCCGCCGCCGCUAUUGCCCUCGCCAAUGACGGCUACUUUGCCGAAUUCCUCUGGGGUCUGCUCCUCAUCGGCAUCACCCUCUAUUUCAUCACCUCCUCCGACUCUGGCUCCUACGUCGACGACGUCAUCUCUGCCAACGGCCUGGCCAACCCCCCCAUCGGCCAGAAGGUCUUCUGGUGCUGGACCGAGGGCGCUGUCGCCAUCGCACUCCUUCGCGGGGGCUACGAGUCCGGCCAGAACGCCCUCGGCGCCGUCCAGGCUGUUUCUAUCGUCGCGGGUCUGCCCUUCACUGUGGCCAUCUGCUUCAUGUGCACCUCAAUCUGGCGUGCUCUCAAGAUUGACAGCGGCGACGCUGACAUCUGCCACGCCAACCUGUUCUCCACCGGCACCCUCGACAUCUUCGACCUGUACAAGACCGGUCCCGCCGACGAGCCCUCCACCGCUCGCUACACUCUCGCCGAGCGUCUCACCAACUACGCGCAGUCCAUCUUCGCGCCGUUUGUCGGCAUCUUCAAGACUUGCGAGAGCCUUUUCGGCGAGGGCAGCGUCCUUGCGAAGCUGCACGGUUUCAUCAACUUCUCGUUCUUCAUCCUCUGGCUCGUCUUCCUGAUCGUGUCCGGGUCGGAUGCGGACUACGCGUGGAUUGGCUGGACCUUUUACAUGUUCAUGGUGCUCCGAUCAGCUUCAUCCGCGGCUACGUCAGGACCCAGCACAACAUCUACGGCAACAUGUUUGAAGAUUUCUUCGGCGCGCUCGUGAUGUACCCCAACAUCGUGUCCCAGCUCCACUACCAGUCCAAGGAGCCCGCGCCCAGCAACGACGUCUACAGGAAACCCGUCACCGCCGCGUAAGCGCAGCGCGACGACACUCAAUGAGACGACGAAAUAAGUCAAGUGUCGCGCGUCGCGUGAGCCGAGGUGUUUCGAUUAUGGACGGAGGGUUUCAAGCUGUUGCUGUUGGUGGACGCCAAACCGCCGCAUCAACUUCCACUCAAAAAACUGUUCUCAACACUGUACACCAAAGCUCAUAACACGCAGACGACGCUUUCACCCUUGCAAAUAAUAAGCGGAUGCAUCGCAGCGCCCACAAAUCGACCAGGCGGGGGGGAGCGACACGAAUCGAGCCCCCCCCCUCUGCGUGGGCAAAAUUAAUAAGCGUGCGACAAAUUCGGGUGACGCGGUCUGUUCCACCGAGUCAGCAGAAAUUCUGUUGUGUUGUUUUCUCUAAUACUAGUAUGCUCCCACCCUUCUAUCAAUAAUAACUUAUCAUCGCUUUGCGCUAUC